AUGCAAAUGCCCACGGCAUCCGAAGCUGACGCCCCUGCAGUCCUGAGAGUGGUUCCCUUAUUUGGCGGUGAGGCCGCAACUGCCAUGCUGUCCUUUGGGCAGAGCUAUGCCAGAUAUGCGGUUGGGACCAGUGCUGGCAGUGUUUGCUUGGAGGACACGUCGCACUGCUUCUACCCUGGCAGUCAGAUCAACGCGUUGCAGGUCUCUGCCGAUGGCUUGGAGAUCUACAGCGGUAGCAGCAAUGGAAGGAUCUGUCGAAUGUUUGUGGCGGACAUGACUGUUGGCGGCAGCUGCUACUCUCAGCCAGGUAACAUCCCAACGAACAACGUGUUGAGCUUGGUGCUGCAGGGCCGUGAUAGGAUCGCCAGCAGCUCAACAAAUGGGAUUUUGGCUGUGUGGAAUCUGAACCUCACGGUGUUCACCAACCAGGAGCCUUUGUUGGUCUUCCACACGAGCAACAAUCACAUGCGGAUGGUGAUCUCAAGGGACCAGACUUACUACUACACCUCAGGAACAGCUGGUGAAAUUCAGGCAUACAGUGUGGAUUCCAGGCCCACAGCCGUCCGGCGGAUGAAGCAGUCGCGGAUUUGCCAAGCUGGGAAGUGCACCACCGAUUCGGUGCAAUACCACAGCCACGACGAAGUGGCGAUGCCCCCGUGUCUGCAGACCUUGCCGCUGCGCUCGCUGUCCCUGCAGGGCGCCAGGAUCGAUGGCAUGGGUCCUCGGCCGCCGUACAGCCUGCGGAGAGUGAACCUGUCAGGCAGUUCAUUGGCCGAUUGGAGGUCGAUGCGCUCGGGCUGGUGGUCCAUUCCCUCAGUGAUCGAUGUGACCCACACGGGCGGCUACGUCACCAUUCCCAUCCUCCACGGGGAGGCGAUGCGGUUGGUGACAGAUUCAAACUGUAAGAAGACGGCCGCUGUGAAGGAACAUGAUCUGUCUUUCUGCAUCCUGCGGUCAUAUCAAACUGAGGGGCAGCUCUGUGCCGAGAACUUCAACUCACAUGACAUGACAAGAGAGGCGCUGGCAGCGAACGUGGAGGGCACCCCCUUGCCGAUCCUCACACGCAUCCUGGUGGACCCCGAAUAUUUCCAGGCUUGGCUUUGCGAUUGCCCCAGUGGCAGGCAUGGGCACAAUGGAUCCCAUUGCGUCGAAUGCCCCGUGAACUUUUUCUGUCCUUCCGCGGGACGCGGCAAUGUGGCGCUGAAUUUUGAUCCGCUUCCGUGUCCGCCCAACUCAGGCACUACAAAGACAGGUUCAAAAAACAUCUCCGACUGCGUAUGCUUGCCUGGAUUCUAUGACUCCGGGAUAGGAGGUCCUAAAGCCUGCCAGCAAUGUCCUGCUGGAACUGCGGCCAACAACUAUGGGCAGACGGAGUGCCAGGAAUGUAAUUUUGGCUACAGGACUUACUCCAGCAGCGAUCAGCGUUCCUCCCUGUGCUAUCCCGACCUGUACGGCCUGGCCUUUGUAGGAGUGUUGCAGCUGGCAAUGAUCCAACUGGUUUGGAUUUGCUGGCGUCAUUUUGGAGGAUUGCUAAUCAAUGAUGUCUCGCAGCAGAACGGACGGUGGAUUGUCUCGGCGUGUGGAAGGCGGAUCUUGUGGAUCUUUCCCUGGCUGCCGAACAUUUACCACGUGCGAUUCUCGCGCACGGGAAAUCCAGGUCUCGACCAUCCGCAGGAACCCAUCCGGGCUAUCGCCAUUCCGGGUAUCGGGCAGCGCUUUGCCAUUCUGGAACCGGGGGAAAAUCCGCAAUCCAAUCGUGAGUUCAAUCGUGGAGGGUAUUUGCGAAGAAGCACUACGAAUCUUCUUGAAGAAGGCGAAGUCUGUAGCUUUAGUUCCUUAGACACUUCCAAGGGCCGUCUCUACAUUCAGUGCCCGGCUGUGUUGAUCUCUGGGCGCUUGAUACCUUCGGGCGUGGCAUUUCUGCUGCUGAGUUUCCUGGCAUGGCCUUUACUGAUGCAGGCCCGUGAGAGGCGAACGUGGCUACUGGCAGGGUUGGGCUUCACCUCAGUCAUUGCCACCAUCGUGAUCGCUAUUGCCUCCCUAUCUGCGCCCCGUCCUGCGAUCCAGGCAAACUUGUCCAACUUCCGGAGCCUGCUGCCGAAGCCGCAGAAGGUGCCGCGGGGCGCCGCGCGAGCACUGGAGGUGGAGAGUAUUUCAAAUUUGCUGGUUCAGUUUCAGUUCUUCAUCGGGAACCGGAACAUGUACUAUGUAAGCACCAACAUCCUUUUGCCCAUCACCGAGCCCUUGGCUUUAUCCUUUGCUGAAAUGGUUGGACCAAAGCAGACCAAAUAUUUUGUGAGCCACUACUGGGGCACCCCCUUCGAGCAUGCCAUGCAUAGUGUGGUGAAACAUGCGCAGCUGGCGGAAGGCCGAAGGUGGAAACAUGCUCCCUACUGGAUUUGUUCCUUCAGCAACAACCAGUGGGACAUCGAAGAAGAGCUUGGGAGCGGGGAUCUGGCGCAGUCUUCCUUCUACUUGGCGCUGACUGAUCCCCGGACCUGCGCCACGGUGAUGUUGUUGGACGAAGAAGCCAAAGCCCUGUCGAGGGCUUGGUGUCUCUUCGAGGUAUUGCAAACAUGUUUGCUGUCGCAAAGAAUACCCACCUUUCAGGGGCUCUUGCUUUGUACACCCUCCGGAGUGCUGAACAAGGACGAUGGCCAGUCCGGUGGCUCUGUGAGCAUCGAUACGGCCAUUGCAGUGGCGCAAACCUUGAAGAAUCUUCGAUUGGAGGAGGCGGCCGCCACCAAUCCGGCGGACAAGGAGAUGAUUGAUGCCCUGGUGGAGCGAUAUCCUGGGAAACACGAGGCCAUGAACCGCUUCGUGCGCGCGCAGAUCCGUAAUGCCUUACGUCUGAUCAAGGAGAAACACAAUGAAACUUUCGUAAAGCUGCUGAUGGAACUUGAGCGAAGUGAGACUGGCCCUCUAGGUCAAACAGCCUUUGCCGGAGGCAUUCCAAGCAUGCAGUGGAAGCCAGGGACAACACCUGACAUUGAUGCGGCCAGUGCAUCAGCACCUUCGGUGAGAAGAAGCCCAUGGGGCUGGGGAUCCAUGGGAGCUUCGGCGAGUGUGGCCGAAGAGUCCAGUGGGGACUCGGACUCGGAGGAGACGAUGGGAUGCGACGGAUGCGACCAACGGAUGUGACCCAGGAGAGCGAUUCAGAUGGGGAGACGAUGGCAACCGCCCUGACGGCCUCGCGCUCUUUCUGAUGGGAAUCCAAUGGGAAUCCAUACUGGGUCCCCUGGGUGCCAAAGUAAAGAUUGACAAUGCAAAGGGUGUCUUGGG